CUGAGUGUCUUCCGAGGGUCGGCGUGGACUUGGGUGGAAGAAAGGCAGCAGUUCUAUUACCACCAGUUUUUGGCCAAACAACCCGACCUGAACUACCGAAACGAGCGAGUGAGAGAGGAAAUGAAGAACGUGCUACGGUUUUGGCUCGACAAGGGCGUGGACGGUUUUCGGGUGGACGCUAUAACACACCUGUUCGAAGUUCAAGACCUGAGUCAAGAUGAGCCCGUAGCCUCUCACUCCGGCACCGACGACCCGCUGGACUACGGCUACCUCAACCACACCCUCACACUCAACCAGCCGGAGACAUUCACCGUCGUCAAGGAGUGGAGGGACGUCUUGGAUCAGUACCCGGAUAAGGCCAUGAUUAUCGAAGUCUUCGGCGAAGAAAUCGAAGAAGUGAUGAAGUAUUAUGGAAACGACAGCGUUCCCUUGGCCGAUUUUCCGUUCAAUUUCCUGCUGAUCGAACAUUUACGUAACCGGAGCGACCUCACCGGAUUCGCUCUCAAGGAUACCAUUGACUUGUGGAUGGAUAACAUGCCGGAGGGAAAGUGGCCGAAUUGGGUGGUAACUCGCAACCACGACUACGGGCGGGUUGCUUCUCGUUUCGGCACCGAUGCUGUGGACGCCCUCAACAUGCUGGUGCUGCUGUUGCCAGGCACGCCCGUCACCUACAACGGAGAAGAGAUCGGUAUGGUGAACACAUUUAUAUCGUGGGAGGACACGCAGGACCCCCAAGGAUGCCGCUACGGUCCUGAACACUACCAGGAGUUCAGCCGAGAUCCCGAGAGGACGCCUAUGCAGUGGGACAACACCUCCUUUGCAGGUUUUACCAAAGGCAACAGCACUUGGCUGCCGGUGAACGAGAACUACAAGGAGGUCAAUGUCAAGGCACAACUCCAGGCAGAGGAGAGCCACUUGAAGAUAUACAAAGAACUUGCAGCUUUACGAAAAGAGGAACCGUUUGUGCGAGGGCAUGUAGCCUACCCUGUGGUCACCUUCGAAAUCUUUUCUGUGAUGAGGUAUCUCGAAGGCUAUGAGAGCUACCUGCUCGUGAUCAACACCUCUGAGGGCGAAGUGGAGGUCGACCUUCACCACCACUCGAACGUAGAGCUCCCGCCGAGUGCCGUGGUCAUCCUCCGCUCUGUCACUGACACGUCGAACUCCACAGUGCCAGGGUCUGUCGUGAAGCUGAGUGAACUGAUUCUUGUUCCAGGUGAAGGUUUAUUACUGAACCUGAUAGAAGAAGAAUAAUCAUGUUUUUAAAAAAAAUAAUUCUAAAAGCAAAGUGUAUUAUUGUGUAAUUAAAUAUAACAGCGUU